GCCCACGAUCCGUGUAGUCUGCCUCGGGAGGUCUUCUCGGCGGGUGGUCGAGUCUCUAGCUCGGAGGUCAGGGCUGUUGCGGUGUCUUGGUCAGGAGUCUGGGGCCCGCGCUGGGAGGCUCUUUAUUGUUCGUUUCUAAGAAGGACAAAACAUACAUCCUAAAUGAGACAGUGUGACUUUUUAAUAUGGAGAAAAAACAAGUUUUAAAACGUUUAUAUGUUGGAGGACUUGGCCAUACAGUUUCUGAGGCUGAACUGCAGGAAAGAUUCAGCAAGUUUGGAAAUGUUACAGAUACGGAAAUUGUUAUCAGGAAAGAUGACCAGGGGAACCCUAUGAAAACUUUUGCUUAUAUCAACAUUGGCAUUUCUGAAGCAGAUCUUAAAAGAUGUAUGUCCAUUUUAAAUAAAACAAGGUGGAAAGGUGGAACGCUACAAAUUGAAUUGGCCAAAGAAAGCUUUUUGCACAGAUUGGCGCAGGAGAGACAAGAAGCAAGGUUGAAGAAGGAAAAGCCACAUACGGAUGGCAAGGGAAAUCUGUUGGAAUCACUGAAUAAAGCUGGAGUUGUGAAUUUUCACAUGAAAGCAGUGCCAGGAACAGAAGUACCGGAUCAUAAGGAUUGGGUCGUUAGUAAAUUUGGCAGAGUUUUACCCAUCCUUCACCUUAAGGGUCGACACAAAAGCAAAAUAAUGAAAUAUGACCCAUCAAAAUAUUGCCACAACCUUAAAAAGCUGGAGCAAGACUUGACUGACACAGUUCCCAUAUCGAAGCUCACUUGGCAGUUGGAAGGUGGAGAUGACAGCAUGAGCAAGAAACGACGAGGAGAGUUCCCUGAAAUUAAAAAAACACCAAAAAAAAUGAGGAUACAGAGUAGUGAAAAUUUAAAUAAAACACCAGGUCGCCACUUGCAAUCAAAAAAAGCAAACUUAACACAAACAAAAUUAAUCCAAAUGUCAAACUCCAAAUCAACUGGUCUGUCUAAAUUACUUCAGACACCUAGUCUUAAUAGUAUUGACGUGAAAGGGAAAGAAUUAUUUCUGGAUAAGAACCUGGCAUCUGGUGUUAAGACUAACAGGAAUACAAACAGCAUUUCAGACAGUGAUAUUGAUUCUGAAGAAGAAAUCAGGGCAAUGAUAGAGAAAGAAAAGGAAAUACAGAAAGCUAAAACAAAUGUUGAAUCUGAAAGUGAUCUUUUGGAAGUUGUGGGGGAUAAUUUUGAGCUAAAAUACAACACUCACUGGUCUUUAAUCAAUCCAAAUAUUAUGAAGAAAGUGAGUAAGGGAUGUAACAGACAAGGAAAGACUAUUGAAAAUGACACGGAUUAUGAUUCAGCAGAUACAGAUGAAAUUAUUGCUGUGACUAAAACUCCAGAUAAAAACAGUGUGAAAACUAAAAUUCCAGGAGAUUCUGAGCUGGUGAAAAUGCAAAGGAGGGAUACUGUUAGGAAUGAAACUUUCAAAAACGACAAAAGCGUUGAUUCUGCAAAUGAUUCCUUUGUGUUGUCACCAGAUAAGUUAAGAGAAAAAAAUAACAAAAAAGUAGUGCAUAACAAAACAGCAAAAGUCUGGGCUUCUGAACUACAGGACAACAGAGCUGACAGCAAGUCUGGGUCUACUAGUUUUGAUUCAGAGCAUGAAGCAAGUGAAUCUGAAGCUGACUCUGAUUAUGAAGACAUGAUGCAAAACUGUUACCGCCUAGAUCUUACGUUACAUGAGUUAGAAGCAAUAGCCACUGCAAGUAUUGAAUCUUCACAAGGAGACAUAGAAGGCAAGCGGAGGGAUAGUCAGUGCAAAACUGACGGUAAUAUUAGUGACGCCAAGUAUAAUAGAAAAAUUUAUGAAAUUGACUCUACAACUAAAACAUCUAUUAAUCCUGAAGAUAUAGUUGCUGCCAUUUUAGAGGGAGAGGAGAGUGCUGAUGAUAAGCCAAUGGAAAAUAUCUCCAGUUUGAAAUUUCAGCCUUUCAGAGGAAUAGGAUCAUUAUGUGACAAUCAGAAUUUUGAGGAGAUGAGCAAGGAAGGUUCUUGCAGCUGUAAAAGAAAAUAUAACCAGAAUGCCUCAAGUCUUGUUGAUUUGAAAAAUAAAUUUUUAGAAGAGGUUUCAAAACCAAACUGUUCUUGUUAUGGGAAACACUCAGCUCCCAGACAGUCUAGUCGUUCCAUAGUGUCUUCACUUGAAGACAGAAGUGUGAAAAAGAAGCAAAAUACUCUCAGCAACCAGAUCAAGAAGGUGUCAAAUUCCCAAUAUUCAGAAGGUGGAAGUGAAAAGCCUAUUUGGAAACCACCUUCAUUACGAGAGAAUAACUACUUGAAUUCUCAUGCAGAAGCUCAAACAGCAAACAGAGGAGACAGUGGGGACUGCACCACAACUAGUAUCAUUGGAAGCGAGGAGGGAAGCAUUGACACAGAUAGUGUUUUAUCUGUCGCACAGAAACACAUUAAAUGUGAAUUGGAAAGCCCAGACUCUCUUGCUGAGAAACCAAAGAAGGAUGCAAGCAGUAAAGGUUCAGCCUCUAAAUUUCAGAAAUGUGAGAACCAUAAGAAAAGUGUUCACAAAAGUAAAGAAGAGUUUUGCAUUCCUACUGCUAUCUCAAGUGAGUCAGAUGUAAAGGAGAAACAACUGCAGGAUAAUCAGAAGAGGCUGGCGGCUGUACAAGAGAGACAGAAAGAGAGAGAAUUACAGAAGAAACUUAUUCAAGGGGCUCUUCUGAACCUGGAAAGCCAGUCAGCAAGCAAGCAUAAGCACAUUGUAUUUGAUUCAGAUGGAGAAAGUGAAGCUGAAGUAGAAGAGAAGUCUAAGGAAGAAGUGACUAUAGGAAAUCUGCCUGAAAAAGAAUUUACUAGUAAAAUUUCUGGGAAGUUGUUUGAGAGCAGUGACGAUGAGCAAGAUGCUACAGGUGAAGAUGACAGAUUCCAAAUCAAAGCCCAGUUUGAAGGCAAAGCUGGUGAGAAGCUCAUGCAUUUACAAUCACGCUUUGGCACAGAUGAAAGAUUUCGUAUGGAUGCUCGGUUCCUUGAAAGUGGCAGUGAAGAGGAAGAAGAGGCAAAGAAAGUGAAGACAGAUGAGGAAGGAGAACUUGCUGCUGAGAAAAAGAAAAACCUGGAGAUAUUGGGAAGUCUCUUGCAGAUCAACCUAGAACAUCCUAAAUCAAGCAAACUGGCAACAAAUACCAAAAAAUUCAAAGAUAUUAAUACCUUGCGCUAUGACCCCACAAGGCAAGACCAUGCAGUUUUUGAAAGGAAAACAGAUACUACAGAAAAAGAGAGUAAAGCUAAAAGAAAGAAGAAAAGGGAGGAGGCAGAGAAAUUGCCUGAAGUAUCUAAAGAAAUAUACUAUGAUGUUGCUGUGGAUUUAAAAGAGGUAUUUGGAUCAACAAAAUGUGCAACUGAAAAAAGUGAAAUAAUACCCUGGGACAAACAUGACAAUGUGGAAGAAUCAACUCUGGCUGACCAGCAUAUAUUAAGACUUAAUGUUGUGGGCAAUGUAGAAGAAAAAUCUAGUGGCUUCACAUUUUCCUUUUUUGGUGAUGAUCUGAACAAGUCCGCUGUGAAAGAAGAGCCCUACGUAAUUGAAACAAUAAAACCUGCAAGAGUAGCAUGGCAAGAGGAUCCUCGUUUCCAGGACAGCAGCUCAGAGGAAGAUGAUGAGCCAGAAGCCUCUGAAAGUGAAAACUGCAAAGAAAUGUCUCAGUCUUUACCACAGAUGAAGACGAGUAGAUUUUUCUUCUUUUCCAAAGAUGAUGAAAGAUUAAGAGAUGGUCCUAAGCUAUUCUGCAGAUCAUCAAACCUCAAUGAAGAAAAAGAUAAUUGGGAAAACAGACGUAGAUUGUUACUUGAGGAAUGCCGGAAGAAACAUAAGGAUGCAAGAAGAAAAGUUAAAGCAAAACAAUAAGUUUGACAGUGCUAGCCAGCAAUGUUUUUUGAUAAAUGUGUAUUGAAUUACAACAAAAUGAAAAUGUCUGGCUUCAGACUUGUGGUCUUUCAAAGGUUUAACAGGGAAAAAUAUUGCAGCUGAACUGAAAAUAAACUGUUAGAAACUUUUCAAAUUUUGAACAGCUGUCGGGAUAACAGGUCCGUAAAUAUGGCCAUUUUUAUCUCUACAGUUGCACUUUUAUUGUUAUGUGGGGAUAUCUGUUAAUUCAAAAAGUGUGUGUGUGUGUAUAUAUGUGUGUGUGUGUGUGUGUAUAUA